AUGUAUAUUGAGGCUACUCAAACCGGUUAUCUAGAGUGUCUGGACCAGCAACGAGCCGCCGCCGCUGCUGCUGCAGGAGGUAUGCAGCCCCUCCAACGAACCAUAUCAGCCAAACCGACCACAGAGAAGCGAGGUGACCCGGAGAACCAAGACCAAGAGAGUGAGGGAAGCGAACUUGAUGGGGACGAUAUUGCAGAAAACUUGAUGAACGUCACGAGACGUUUGCAAGCCGAGAUGGGGGCGGAAACGCCCUUUAGGACCGAAGAAACACGGCCAGGGACACCAUCUCAUAUGCAGUCGACCGCGACUCCGACUGCAAUUGGCUCGACUGCAAUUGGAACGGCGGGGACGGCCCAAGGACACAAGGGAUCACCAGUUUCCCCAAAGUCAUCUUUACCAAAACAGGAAGCGACUCAACUACCAAACACGGAAAAAAUAGGACCGAAUAUGCCAGUGAAACCAAAGUACGGCCCUCAUAUGAUUAAACAGCAUUUCGACGAAUUCGAAGCCGCGCAAAAAGAAGUACUCGUCGAACUGCUGACCUCAACCGAUUUGGGAGAAAAUCCAUCGCUCAAACUCCAUGAACCUGGGCCCUCGAUUGGGGACCUUUACGGUGGAGACUUUCUGCGUGGGGACGUUGAAGAAGGAGAUCUACCGUUCCUUACACCCUCCAAAAAGGUAUCUGCCAAGACCUCCAAGGCCGAAACUCGACCCAAUACUCGACCAUCCUCUAUACACCAAAUCGAACAGAAAUCGGAAGAGCCGGUGAAUGAUGAUGAGGAAAUCAAUACAGACGGAGAUAGCUCUAUUGGACCCUCGUCCCAGUUUUUGAGAAACCAGACGCUUGUGCGCGUAUACUCGUUGCUGUUUGCUUGGGAUUCGUUCGUGGAGACACUUGGCUCAAUGCACCAUGAAACGACUAAGAAACGUAGCGCGCACCUCCACUUUCAUGUCUAUGAAUCGCUGAUUCGACCGGGCAAAAAGCCUAUGCCGGACAUUGGCCUCUCACCAGAGGACAAGGAAGAAAUUGAGGAGGAAUCGAGGGAACUCUCUAUUAAAGAGGCCCUGGCAUUGCUGGAGAACAAACCAUUUACGCCUGUCAAGAAGUCGCCGAUUCAGAGGAUUGAGGAGUUCAACAAGUGGUUGAAAAGCGAUACGAGCAUCUUCGCUGCAAAGUCCGCUGCUGCUGCGAGUGUCUUUGCGACUCUAAUCUUUGCGUCGACUACGCGACAAUGGUUUAUAAGCUACGGCUUAACAAGCGGCCUUUUGACAUGCGUCGUCGCACUAGCUCCUACGCUAGGCCAAAGUUUGUUGACCUUUGUCUUGCAAGUAAGCGGAUCAGGACUCGGGACGCUGGUAGGAUGGGCCAUAUUGGAAAUGUUCAAAGGAGUUGGAGGCUAUGCAUACAAUCCAUACGGGAUGUGCGCUAUCAUUGCAGUGUUCGCUAUUCCACUGCAAUACUGCAUCUACGAACGACCCCAGCUGUUCGUCCUCUCACUUCUAGCGCUCAACUCUGCCGCUGUGAUCAUGGUGACCGAACAUGUCUACGCAAACCUCUACCGUCGGCCAUUCGAUACGCCGGCCUUGCGUGCGGGGAAAAUGAUGACGGCGCUGGCUGCGGCACUCGGUAUUGUCAUUGCAUUCCAACUCUUCAUCCUACGGAAUCCUGCAAGGCGGACGCUACGAAAAGCCCUCGGAAACUUGGUCUACUCUAACCUGGCAUAUAAUACCAUCCUACAGGCAUACGUCCGUGCUGUCCUCCCUGCGGACCCAAAGCAGCGGGCGAAGCCCGUCGUCCUGAAGCGGAUCGAGAGGGAGUUGAAGCAUAGAGAGGCAAAGAUGCAGGCGCAGAUUAUUGAAGUCUCUCCACUCAUGGCGUUUGCUGCGGCUGAACCCUCCUUCUCGAAACCGUUUAGGGGCGAUUUAGCGCAACAGAUUGUGCAAGCGAACCAAGUGAUCCUCGACCGUCUACGCGAAGGUCGAACGGCGAUCAGUACUGAGCCUUUUGACCCAUACAUCGUAGAGCACAUGAUCGCCGUGCUCUCACCAUACCGAAGACGUGCGAGCCGAAUCAACAAGACGUGGUUGUACUUGUGUGCGAUGAGUCUAAUCAGCAAAAGUCCACUCCCACACGACUCUGUGCUGGUGCAACCACUCUUGAAUCAGUUCGUCCACGAUGCAUUGGCCCUCAGUUCACAGUUGUCGCGCACUGAACAGGGUUCUCGGGCGAUUCAAAGUGAUUCCUUUACGCGGUACUGGUUCUGGAUCAUUUCGGUCUCAGGUUUGCCCACGCAGCUCAAGCUGAUAGAUAGCGCUAUUCGGGAGCUCUAUGGUGAACUGGAAGAUGACCCCAGGCUUGGAUAG